AUGGUACGGAAGUCGAUCCUCGUCUACGAUCUGCUGAGGAGCGAACAACCGCCAGACGGUUUCACCGAGAAGGAGAUCGUCGAGCAGAUCAGUGCCAAGCACGACAUCUUGGCCGGAAAGGCACUUCGGAAGCAGGUAGCCGUGGCGCUUCGUCGUGGCGUCGAUUUUGGCAUCAUCGCCAAGAAGAAUAACAGAUUUAGAUUCGAUCUGCACAAUGCAAAAGUUAAUACCGGCAGACGCGAGACUUCAUCUCGCAGGAACAGGAGUCGAGGGAAAAAUAAAGUUCGGGGUGUUAAGAAGAGGACGAAGUCGAGACAACGAUCGAACAACACGAGAAAUAAAAGCCGCAAUCAAAAACGAUCGAUACCACCGCCAAAUUUGCCGAAAUCGUGGACACCGAACAGGAGAAACUUGGCUGAGGAGCCACUGUCCAAAGUGAAGAAGAUUUAA